AUGGAUCAACAACCGCUCGAGGAUGACGAUGAUUAUUCGAUGUUAUCGCUCGAGGAUAAUUGUUCAUUGUCCUCUAACAAUGAUGACGGUGAAGAAAAGAACAAUCAAAGGGAUGAACACGAAAAGACAAAAGUGAAUGGCGAAAAUUUUUUAGAACAAAACCUUAACUCGAGUAAAUCCUCUUCAACGAUGAGGAUGAAUUCCGAAUUGAUAGACGAAGACAAUUUGGAUCAAGAUUGUCCAUUUUUCUCGGACAGUGACGAGAUGGAGAAUGAUUAUCGGGAAGGAAAGCAAACCGGGGAAGAGUGCCCACAGGUAUCUUGUUCGACGCCGAUUUCUGAAUCGAAAUCACUUGAAAGCGAAUGUUCCGACCAAGAUUGUCCCUUCUUCUCGGAUAGUGAUGAAAAAGACGAGCCAAUAAUGCCCGAUGCAAUACUUUCUAAGGCGGACGAACCAAUAAUGACAGAUGCAAUACUUCCCAAGCCGGACAAACCUAUAACGGCCCCUCCUAAACCAAAAUAUGUGGAAGCGAAGAGUCCCGCAAAUAAAGCACUAUACGACGACCUAUUUCACACGAGCCGCUUAUCAGAAACGAAAUCGGUUGGGGUUCAAGUCGGGAAUUGCGAUUGUGCACGACGGAAACUACUUCAGAAACAGACAGAAGAUCCCCUUUGCGCUGACUUUACCACUCCAUUGUGCUGUGUUGACGGAUGUGAUCGACGCCGAGUGUCUCUCAUCAAAAUGAUUCGCGAUUUGAUUCGUUUGGCUCGUGUUGAAAGCAAUCGAUUUAAGAGAGAAUUAAAAGAUGCUUCUUUACGAUUGCUCACAAAACCGCACGUUAAAUGCCCAAAUUGUCGAUUGGAGUUUCGCGAUUCUACAGACAAGCGAAUAAUGCCGAGUUAUGUGAAGAAACUGCGUAGAUCAAUGACACUCGAGCUGCAAUUUGACUCAAUGGAUGCGAUGUACGAAUGGGCAUUUAUACACGGUAUCGACAAAGACCGCAAUGAAAUUCCAACACUAAUUCACGCCGAACAAAUCACCGAGCAUAUGAGUCUUCGAGAGGUUGGCAGCUUUCUACCUGAUUUGGCAGUGGAGAUGACAAAGGAAAUGUUUCGACGGAAAGCAGAAGAGAAAGCGAAUAAAUCUUGUGUAAAAGAUCGGCCGGAAUUUAUGAAGAAUCCGAAGGGAGUGUUGGAUUUGGUUAGGAAAAGGAAAGAAGCGAUGAAGCGAAAUGAUGAAACUCCAAGUACGAGCGAGUCACUUACAUCGAACAAGAAAAGGAAAAUGCUUACACCUGGGAAUACAAAUGAGACAAUGGAGCCAAUAAAGAAAAAGCGAAAAUAUAACGAUACCACCGGAUGCGAAGAUUGUGAUAAAGAACUGAAGGCAUCAUUUUUGUGGAAACAUUUCGGAUGUCCUGUUUGUGAUGCUUGUAGAGAUGUAAAUGGUGCGCAUCGACUGGUUCCCCGUCGUUUGGCCAUUUCGAAAUAUGGGCUAAAGAAAGCUGAACUAGACACAAGAAAACCAUUGCUUCGAUUUGUCACGGUAAGUCAAGAUGGAGAGCGCUUUUAUUUGACAAAACAGUUGGAAGAUCGAUUACUGGAGCUUCGUGGAAAUGUCGAUGAUUUGCGAGGACAGAUAAAGCAAAGAGAAAAAGACAAAGAGAAUUUUCCGCUGGCAUCAACUGGGCCU